AUGCACGCCCCAUUAACUGGUGUUUUCGGACUGCAAAAGUCUGGGGCUACGGACCAUCAUUGCACACAAGCACACAUGGCUGUGGUAGAUGAUGGUACCGCCACAGACAGCGACGCCUCGGUAGACUCACGCCGCGCGGAGGGCGACCACGAAGAUGAGGAUGAGGAAGAAGAAGUGGACGACUCGGUCCGGGAAGAUAUGAAGAAACUUGAGGAUACUUUUCCGGGAAUCUCUGAUCGAUUUCGUCUGGUGAACAGGAUCGGUGAAGGGACAUUCUCAACAGUCUACAAAGCUGAGGACCUUCUGUACGACCAUUACAAGAAUGAUUGGGACACUUUCCAGGAAACCCAAAGCAGUAACUGGUCAAGUCCCCCAGCAAAGAGACGGCGAGUGGAGGAGUCGGUCACCAAACGGAGAAAACCGCGAUAUGUUGCACUGAAAAAGAUCUACGUUACCAGCAGUCCGUUGAGGAUUCAAAACGAGCUGGAACUGCUCCAUGACCUCCGGGGCUGCCGGUCCGUGUGCCCUUUGAUCACAGCUUUCAGGCACCAGGACCAGGUUGUGGCUGUCUUGCCUUUCUUUCCCCAUACCGACUUUCGCAUUCAAUAUCGCACAUUCAUGGUCGCCGAUAUGCGACAUUAUUUCAGAUCCCUUUUCACGGCGCUAAACUCCGUUCAUAAGCACAAUAUCCUUCAUCGAGACAUCAAACCAACACUUUGGUCUGGCGGAAGCACUUGUCUUUGCGCCAACCCGAACUUUGUGCGCCGCAGUCGGUUGCUGCAGAGCUACUAUUAUACACAUUGCUCUUCGUCCACGCUCUCGGUUGGCUACCCUAAGAACGAUUCACGGCCUGCAAGACGUGCUAAUCGAGCGGGAACUCGCGGCUUCCGGGCCCCCGAGGUUCUUUUCAAAUGUACAUCUCAAACAACCAAGAUAGACAUGUGGUCUGCCGGCGUGAUCCUGUUAACCUUGCUCGGACGUCGAUUCCCUUUUUUCAACUCCGCCGACGAUGUUGAUGCCAUGAUCGAGAUGGCAAGUAUAUUUGGCACCCGUCGGAUGAAGACUGCAGCCGCUAUGCAUGGUCAGAUUUUCGAAACCAACAUUCCGACCAUUGGCGAAAAGGGCUAUGGCUGGGAGAAACUGGUGAAAUGGGCCAGCUGUGUGGAAGAAUUGACCGAGAGCGAGAGGCAAGCCACUCGACUCUUGGCUGGUCUCAUGGAGCUGGACCCUUACAAACGAUUGAGUGCCAGGGAAGCUUUGCAGCACGAGUUCUUCACCAACCCUAUUGAGCACGAUGUGGAGUGGGGCGGACUUCCUGAGGAUAGCGCAGAUACCGGGGAGGAUGAAGAAGGCGACAGAGAUGAUGACGAGGCGGAUGAAGUAGCGAUGGUGUAG